GAUGAGGAGAUGGAGGCUGCGCUGGAGUAAGCCCUGGCUGGGGGUGCGGCUGAUUGCGCCAGCGAUGCUGAGGGCGCUACCCCGCGCCUCAACCGCGAGCAGCUCCGCGGCGUCAUCGCCGCCGCCCGUGCAUAGACAGGCGAGCGCCGCGGAGUCAUCGUGGGGGGCCAGCGCUGUGGCGACGACGCGCGCCGCGGUGACGUUGCGCUUCGACGAGCUCGCGCCAGCCUGCGGCGCCGCGCCCGCGCGCGCGCGGCCCCGGGCACCCGCCGCCGCGGCCGCGGGCGCACAGCGGGCUACUUGGAGGCGGCGAACCCGCGCCGUGCAGCGCGAGACAUUCGAGAUCAUGGCGGUCGGCGGAUCAGACUGGGGACCGCUCGCGCAGCUCUGGCAAGAGGGCGCGGUCGGCGCGGGCAUCGCGGAGAGCAACCGCGCCGGCGCCUGGCCGACGCAGGAGACGCGCCUCCACUCGCGCGACAUCGCCGCGCAGGAGGCCCAGCGCAGGCGCGUUCACAUCAAGGCGGCCCUCGCGCCAGGCGCGGCUGGCAGCGGGGGCGCGGGCGGCGGGGGGGCGGGCGCGGCAAGCGUCGGGAUCGCCGCGCCCAGAGAAGGGGGCCCGGCCAGCGCUUCCACCGACGGCGUCGCCCGCGUCGCGUGCAGCGACGGACGCAGGAUGAUCGCCGCGACCGACGGGGUCGCCACGGGCGGCGUCGACCUGGCCACCGACGCACUGGGGGGCGCAUCGCAGCGCGCGCACGCAAAGAUCGGAAACGAGCUGGUCGCGCAGGGGCGGCCGGGGGCAGUCGGAGGUAAUUUCGGCGCGGCGCGCGAGGUCUUCCGCGAGAAGGCGGGCGGGCCGCUGCAAGCUGCGGGCGGCGCCGCCACGCCGUCGGCCGAGGGCGCCGCGCGCUUUCAGGCAGCUUCGCCCACCGACCCAGAUUUGUUCAUCGCGCAGCGGAGCCCGCGGGGAGCUGCGGCGCGGCGGGGGCCGGGCCCCCCCCGCCCGCGCGGCGCCGUGAAGCCGGCGCUGAACGGGCGCGCGCUGCGCGAGCCGUCCAGGCGGACGGAUGUCGACGCUUUCAAGCGGCAGGCCGACGCGACAGCCGAGGCCCAGCGACAGCUCCCCGAGGAGUGGGGCCUCGAGUGGCCCAGGCCGCAGCCAACGGGGCCACCGCGCAAGGGGGGGCCGAUCCCCAGAGCCCAAAAAUGGCAGGAUAGUCUUUACCAGUGGCACGCGGGAGUUGUGAAGGGCGAGCUCCCCAAGCCCUCGGCGCCCCCGCCGCUGCCGUUCCCCUCGGACUGGGACCAUAAGAAGUGCCCAGCGUGGGCGUACCAGGCGAGGGCGACGACCCCCGACAAAGACCCACAGGCCACUCCGAAGGCGCAGAACGGGGAAAUCCAAGUCGAUCUGACGCCCGAGAAAGGCCCGCGGGGCACUCCGAAGGCGGAGGACGGGGACACCCAGGGCGUGGUGAACGACGAGUGCGCGAAGCAGCCCGGGAAGAAGCGGAGUUAUCAUUUGUACCCGCCCGAGGUGGUUGAUUUCUAUUUCGGUUUCGAGAAGGACAUGGGGGGGGCCCGCUCGAAAGUUGUCGACUGCGUCAAGAAACACUACCCCUCCCUGUUCCCGAAGACCUUCUGUGAGAGCCGAGUUCGCGCCUGGGAAAAGACGCGCCAUCGUCCUGACAACGGGAGCGCUGCUGCUGGGCAGGGAUGGCGUUUGGGCCAGACUGUCUUGCCAGUCGGCCAUUUGGCAUUCAUCGGCUCCCUCAUCGUAUCGCAGUACAACGCCGGAAUUCCCAUGACCGCGCGGCUCCUCGUUCCCCUCGUGGCAGGGGCAUUGGUGGCGAAGGGGCUCGGGGACAAG